AUGAUCAAAACAGAACUGAUUGAUUCAAAGAAAUGUCCCCCAGCAUAUCUUGUAAAAGAUAUUUUGGACUUCAUUCCUUAUAAUAACCGCUAUACAAAGUCAUACUUGAAACUUGCAAAAUUCUUUAUUUAUAAUUUUCAUGUAACGACUGUACCCGAUAUUCCGAGGCUUUUUGUGUACCUAUUUGAUGAAGAGUACGGAAUUAAAUUGAGCAAAACAGAAGAGACAGAACAAUUACUCAAACCCUUUUUAGAAAAUCCAAUCUUCAGAGCAAUUAUGAAUAACAACAUAGAAGCAUUCAUUGCAAUCACUGAAAGAGAAGGAUUUGAUAAAGAUCAAAAACUUCAUAGCAUAUUAUAUGCAAAUAUAUUCGAAGGAUAUUCAUUACUUGAAUUAUGUUGUUACUAUGGGGCAGUUGAUUGUUUCAAGUUUUUAAGAACAAAAUUUAACUCACCAAUAACUCAUAUAUGUCUAGAAUUAUCAUUUUUAGGUGGAAAUCAAGAGAUCAUGAGCGAAUGUUUGAAAUCUCAAACGCCAAAUCAAAAAUGCAUGGAAUAUGCAAUUAUUUCACACAACAUUGAUUUUGUUACAUUCUUGGUGAAUGAAUACAAUAUAAAGAUCGAAUUAUAUGUUUGCGUAAAUCAUAAAAAUCUUGAGUCACUUUUAGUUUAUUUCGAUCAAACUAAUGAUGUUAACAAAUGUUUUGUUUAUUCAACCACAUUUGGUAUUCCAUCCCUUUGCGAAUAUUUCCUUUCACUUGGUGCAAACAUCAAUGAAAAAGAUAAUUACAAAGAAACCGCUCUUCAUAAAGCAACAGAAAGAAAUUCUAAAGAAAUAGUCGAAUUUCUUAUCUCACACGGCGCAAAUGUCAAUGAAAAAGGAUAUCAUGGAGAACCCGCUCUUUUUAAAGCAAUAGAAUUUAAUCAUAAAGAAAUAGUCGAACUUCUUAUCUCCCAUGGUGCAAAUAUUAAUGAAAAAGAUGAUUUUGAAGGAACCGCUCUUCAUAAAGCAGUACAAAAUAAUAAUAAAGAAAUAGCCGAAUUUCUUAUUUCACAUGGUGCAAAUGUCAAUGAAAAAGAUCAUUAUGAAAGAACAGCUAUUCAUUUUGCAGGUUAUCGUGAAACUGCAGAAUUAGCCGAACUACUUCUUUCACAUGGUGCAAAUAUUAAUGAAAAAGAUUUACAAGGGGUUACCGCUCUUCAUUUUGCGGCAGAAUGUAAUAGAAAAGAAACUGUCGAAUUUCUUAUUUUACAUGGUGCAAAUGUCAAUGAAAAAAAUGAUUUUGGAGAAACUGCUCUUCAUUAUGCAGCAAGACAUAAAAGUAAAGAAACGGCUGAACUUCUUAUCUCAUAUGGUGCAAAUGUCAAUGAAAAACGCCUAGGUGGACAAACCGCUCUUUUUGGAGCAGUACGUGAAAAUGAUAAAGAAACAGUCGAACUUCUUAUUUCACAUGGUGCAAAUGUCAAUGAAAAAGAUUAUUUAUUGGAAAAUGCUCUUUUUUAUACAGCGGAAUUAAAUCAAAUAGAAAUGGCUGAGCUUCUUAUCUCGCAUGGUGCAAAUAUUGAUGCAAAAGAUAUGCAUGGGAAAAACCCUCUUCAUAAAGCAGCAAAAUUUAAUCAUAAAGAAAUGGCCGAGCUUCUUAUCUCGCAUGGUGCAAAUAUUGAUGCAAAAGAUGAAGAUGGAAUAACCGCACUUGAUACUGCAGCAUAUAAUGAUUGUAAAGAAAUAGCCGAACUUCUUAUUUCACAUGGUGCAAAUAUCAAUGAAAAAGAUAAUAAUGGGAAAACAGCUCUUCACAUUGCAAAAGAAAAUGAAUACAAAGCAACAGCCGAUCUUCUUGUUUUACAUGGUGCUACGAUUUAA